UAGCCUACGGGGGUUUGUGAGUACGUGUCUUUUGCAGCAUCUGCGUCCAUGGGGGCUGGGUUGAGGGAGGCUUAAAAGCAAGGCUGUUUAGUUCGAAUAAAGCUAUCUUUGACUGCAGUUUACUGACACCGCUACAACGUGUUUUUAUCGCUGGCUGUCCAGACGGAAGGUGCUGAAACGCUUUGUCGCGUGUCUGGAAGAAAUGAAAACUUUCCUGGGCAGCAAAGGGCUCACCUUUCCUGAGCUGGAACAGCCAGAGUGGCUGGAAAAGCUACACUUCAUGGUAGACAUGACAGCGCACCUGAACACGCUGAACACAGCUCUUCAGGGGAAAGGACGUACAGCCCUGCACAUGUUGGAGGAUGUUUUGGCAUUCGAGCGCAAGUUGACAGUGCUUGCCAGAGAUUUACAGAAAGGCACUUUGUCUCACUUCCCCAAUUUGAGAGAGUUCAAACAAGGUCACGACAUGAUAAUUUCGGAGUAUUUACAUUCUGCAAUCAUCGCAAUGCAAACAUCGUUUGGGAAACGCUUCUGUGAGUUCAGAGAGGAAAAAAACACAUUAUCCUUCCCGGUCACUCCCUUAAGCAUCGAUCCUUCCCUACUGAAUACGACUGCAUUGGCAGGUGUGAGUCAACCUGAUCUUGAGAUGGAACUGGCCGACAUAGCCGACAAAGACAUAUGGGUGUCCAAGUUUAGACGCUUGACAGCAGACCUUGAAGAUGUUGCCCGUCAGAAGGCCGUUCUUGCUCAGAAACACAAAUGGAGUGAUAUUGAAAACCUCACAGAUGACAGCUUGCGAUCCUGUGUAAAGAUGAAGGUGACAUCAUACAGCCCUGAUGUGCAGACGCUGUGCGCUGAGGUCCAGGAGCAGAAAUCCCAUUAACCAACCCUUGGUCAGGAACUUCUUCAGAAUGGGAUUUAACAGUGUUACGAAUGUGCCACAGCUCUGAGGGGCCGAAGGUUGCGGGGUAGCCCCCUCCUUUGUGAGAAUCACAAGAUUACUUUUAAGUCAGUUCAGGAGACCCAGGAAAUGAGAGAAGGACAUGCAGAAUCCACAAAGAAUUUGGAAUGUGACCUGGCCUCCGAAAGACGGAACCAUUGAUACCGGCUAUUGUCUCUUGGAGACGGGAUUGUGUAUUGCAUCCUGUACAAUGCAUCGAAGCCCCCAGGCAAUGAACCGAGGGGGAGGUUGGUGGAGGGAUUGCAUCAUCCCCAACCUGAUUGACAUCUGAGACCCUGUGAGUCAGGAUAAAAGAGGGUCUGUGGGAAUAGCCCCUCAGACGCACCAGAAGAAACGCUAGCGAUCCUAUGCUAGCAAAAGCCGGUGGGAAGGCCACGUGCGUCCGUUUCCAUUUGCCCCGGAAUCGGUGUGCCUUGACCAUGGAAGAACGGUUUUUAGCUAACAACGGGGAAAUCAACUCCCAACGACUCUCGAAGGAUUAACAUCAUAAAAGGAAUGGGCAAGUUUUAACCUGUCUUUCUCUCAAACCAGAAAGCUGCAGCUUGAAUGAACUAAAGUGACUUUUAUAUUUCCAUCGGACAAUACAUUAUCCCCUAGACAAUGAUAGAGCUAUUUCUUAUUGAUUAUUAUUAUACCCGUGCUUUUAGAUUUAGUAUUGAAGACGUAUAUCAUCUGUAUGUUUGCAUUGAUAUUAUUUUUGUGUAUUUUUAUCAAUAAAAACUGUUAAAAAUAGUACCAUCAGACUUCAACGGACCUCUCUAUCUCUGCUGGUAAGUGACCCAGUUACGGGGUACAUAACAAUUGGGGCUCAUCCGGGAUUUGACACCAAAUUGGGGGGCCAGUGAAUCGGGCUUGUAAGUCCAAACUUGGAUCUGGUUACGCGGAUAGCCAGACGGGAAACCAGCAAAGAUGGACGUUGGUGAAUUCAUAGAAAACCCGACUCUGGAGGCGCUAGAGGCGGCCACCAAAUCAGACUUGAUAAAUUUGGCGAAGGGGUUAAACCUCGCAGAGGUGAGGUCGUCCAUGAAAAAGCGGGAGGUGCGAAGGGCAAUAACUCAGUAUUAUAUUGGGAAGAAUGUGUUUGCAGCUGAGGUAUUGGAAAAUAUCCCUGAAAAGGUACCAGCUAGUGGGACGGCUCAGUUAGAGUUGGAGAAAUUAAGGUUGGAAUAUGCAAUUAAAUUAAAGCAGCUGGAAGCAGCUGAGAAGGAAAAUGAACGAGCUGAGAGAGAAAGGGAGCAUGCGCUCCAGCUAAAGGAGUUAGAGGUGAAACGGGAGAAUGAAAGAGCCGAGAGAGAGAGAGAGAGAGAGAGAGAGAG